UUUAGCCUGAAGAGCAUGUACAGGAGUAUGAACAAGCUGAGCUCUCCUGUGCUGCUGGUCAUCCGAGAUACCGACGGGCAGACGUUUGGGGCCUUCUCCUCCACUGCCAUCCGACUCAGCAGCUGCUUUUAUGGCACAGGGGAGACUUUUCUCUUCUCCUUCUCCCCGGAGCUAAAGGUGUUUAAGUGGACAGGCACCAACACUUUCUUCAUGAAAGGAGAUGCAGAUUUGCUAGUGAUUGGCGGAGGCAGUGGCAAAUUCGGCCUGUGGCUGGAUGGGGACCUGUACCAUGGGGGAAGCCACCGAUGCGAGACAUUUGACAACGAAAUCCUGUCGCCCCAGGAGCAAUUCUUUAUUCGGGACCUGGAGAUUUGGGCCUUGACCUGAGCCCACCACACCGGGGGCCGGGGGAACUGACUGCUUUCACAUGGACUCUGGGUGGGCCUGGCAGCUGUUCCCAGCAGUGUCUGGAACCCUUCCAGAGGGUGGUGCUCAGUCCGUCUUCCCCUUCCGCACAAGGCUUUGCCAGGCAGUGCUCCUUUCUCCUCCCCAGCCCGCACUCACGCUCCAGAGAGGGCAGCGGGGCAUUCCCACCCAUUUUCCUGCCAGGGUGCUCACCCUGCGGGGCAUCAGAGCAGCCCCAGUGGGUGGCUCCACAAGCACUGGAUUUCAAUGCAAACAGAAUCUCACAGGCAACUGGGCGAUUUAAAAAUAAAAUUCCCAUGUGAAGCGACUGAGUGUUAGCAGCAGGGGAGCUGCCUGCUAGGACAUGCCCUGCCAGUCAGUGCUGUGAACUUGGGAAGUGAGCUCAGCCGUUGUUCACAGUGAGUGAGGGCAACCUCCACUCCCCCCUGGCAGAGACAGCAGGGGCAGCAUGAGGGUAUUGACAUGGGCUUGCUGGGCACUGCCAGCUUUUAGAGUUCCAUGAGAUGUGAGGGCCAGGGCCCCUCCCCCAUCCCUGCUCUCAGAGAAGCUUAUUGAAGUUAGGCCAAGACCAGUAUCAGUGGUGCCUGAAAAGCUACACGAAAGGGGCACAAGGACCACCCGUUUUUCUGUUGCUUGUAACAAGAUGAGCCUGAAUCAAAGCCCUGAUCCCAGCACCCCAAGUUGCAGGACAGCUCAGGUCCAAACUCUGCCACUGUCUCCUGUCCCUGUAACGGGUCAAAACAAAUCCCACAGCAAAAUCCCUCCGGACUCCUCCUCCCAUGAAGUCAUGGGGCAGUGCAGGGCCUGAGCAGAGCA